UCGCAUCUCUCGCCACUUCGCAAUUCGCCAGUCGCCACCGGCACCACCACACCCACCCUCGCGGCCGCGAACAAACGACCCACUGACCACUGGCGGGCUGCACGGCAGCCAUGUCUGCGCCGAAGCUGGACCGCAACCCGAGCAUCCGCGACCGCGUCGAGGACACCCUCCACGCGCACCGCAACGAGCUCGUCGCCCUCCUGUCCAAGUACGUGAACAAGGGGAAGGGCAUCCUGCAGCCGCACCACAUCCUCGACGCGCUCGACGAGGUCCAGGGCUCCGGGGGCCGCGCGCUAGCCGAGGGACCCUUCCUCGACGUCCUCCGCUCCGCGCAGGAGGCGAUCGUGCUGCCGCCGUUCGUGGCCAUCGCGGUGCGCCCGCGCCCGGGAGUUUGGGAGUACGUCCGCGUCAACGUUCACGAGCUCAGCGUCGAGCAGCUCACAGUCUCGGAGUACCUCCGCUUCAAGGAGGAGCUUGUCGACGGCCAGCACAAUGAUCCCUACGUUCUCGAGCUUGACUUCGAGCCGUUCAAUGUCUCAGUCCCACGCCCAAAUCGGUCAUCAUCUAUUGGAAACGGUGUGCAGUUCCUCAACCGACACUUGUCCUCAAUCAUGUUCCGCAACAGGGAUUGCUUGGAGCCCCUGUUGGAUUUCCUCCGUGGCCACCGGCACAAGGGGCAUGUUAUGAUGCUUAAUGAUAGAAUACAAAGCUUGGGGAGGCUUCAGUCUGUGCUGACCAAAGCUGAGGAGCACUUGUCAAAGCUCCCUGCUGACACACCAUACUCACAAUUUGCUUAUAAAUUUCAAGAGUGGGGCCUGGAGAAAGGUUGGGGUGAUACAGCAGGACAUGUUUUGGAAAUGAUCCAUCUCCUUCUAGACAUCAUUCAGGCGCCAGACCCAUCUACCCUAGAGAAAUUCUUGGGGAGGAUCCCCAUGAUUUUUAACGUUGUUGUGGUAUCCCCUCAUGGAUACUUUGGUCAAGCUAAUGUAUUAGGCUUGCCAGACACAGGAGGACAGAUCGUCUAUAUACUGGACCAAGUCCGUGCACUAGAAAAUGAGAUGGUUCUCCGUUUAAAGAAACAAGGGCUUGAUGUUUCCCCAAAGAUUCUCAUUGUUACUCGGCUGAUACCAGAUGCAAAAGGAACAUCAUGCAAUCAGCGGCUUGAGAGAAUUAGUGGAACACAACAUACUUACAUAUUACGAGUUCCCUUCAGAAAUGAAAAUGGGAUACUUAAGAAAUGGAUAUCAAGAUUUGAUGUGUGGCCAUAUCUGGAAACAUUUGCUGAGGAUGCUGCUGGUGAAAUUGCUGCUGAAUUACAAGGUACUCCAGACUUCAUAAUUGGAAACUACAGUGAUGGAAAUCUUGUGGCGUCAUUGCUAUCUUACAAGAUGGGAAUUACCCAGUGCAACAUUGCUCAUGCUCUAGAAAAGACUAAGUAUCCAGAUUCAGACAUAUUUUGGAAGAAUUUCGAUGAGAAGUACCAUUUCUCCUGCCAGUUCACUGCUGAUAUAAUUGCUAUGAACAAUGCUGAUUUUAUCAUCACCAGCACAUACCAAGAAAUUGCUGGAAGCAAAAAUACUGUUGGACAGUAUGAGAGUCAUACUGCCUUUACUCUGCCUGGUCUGUACCGAGUUGUCCAUGGGAUCGAUGUCUUCGAUCCAAAGUUCAAUAUAGUCUCUCCUGGAGCUGACAUGUCCAUAUACUUUCCACAUACCGAGAAGGCCAAGCGACUCACCUCUCUUCAUGGUUCAAUCGAAAAUUUGAUUUAUGACCCGGAGCAAAACGAUGAACACAUUGGGCAUCUGGAUGACCGGUCAAAGCCCAUCCUCUUCUCCAUGGCAAGACUCGACAGGGUGAAGAACAUAACAGGGCUGGUCGAAGCUUUUGCUAAGUGCGCUAAGCUGAGGGAGCUGGUAAACCUUGUCGUCGUUGCCGGGUACAAUGAUGUCAACAAGUCCAAGGACAGGGAAGAGAUCGCGGAGAUAGAGAAGAUGCAUGAACUCAUCAAGACCCACAACUUGUUCGGGCAGUUCCGCUGGAUCUCUGCCCAGACAAACAGGGCCCGUAACGGCGAGCUCUAUCGCUACAUCGCUGAUACCCAUGGUGCUUUCGUACAGCCGGCCUUCUAUGAAGCGUUCGGUCUCACCGUCGUUGAGGCCAUGACCUGUGGGCUUCCUACUUUCGCGACGCUCCAUGGAGGUCCAGCUGAGAUCAUAGAGCAUGGCGUCUCGGGCUUCCACAUUGACCCGUACCACCCCGAACAGGCUGCUAAUCUGAUGGCCGACUUCUUCGACCGGUGCAAGCAAGACCCAGAUCACUGGGUGAAAAUAUCUGGAGCAGGGCUGCAGCGCAUAUACGAGAAGUACACAUGGAAGAUAUACUCAGAGAGGUUGAUGACACUGGCCGGGGUCUACGGUUUCUGGAAGUACGUGUCGAAGCUCGAGAGGCGGGAGACGAGGCGCUACCUUGAGAUGUUCUACAUACUGAAGUUCCGCGAGCUGGCGAAGACCGUGCCGCUUGCAAUUGACCAACCGCAGUAGCUUGCGCAACUGCGACUGCGUAGCACUUGGUACAAGACUGAAACCUGAAGGACCUUCAGUAAUUUAGGCGCGGCAGACGGUAGCCAAUAAAAUGUGCCGGAGCUGAACUGGUUUUUUAUUAUGUACAUAAUGGCAGUAUAACAAAAUUACUGAAGGCAGGUGGGUUGCAGUUGUGUGUUCGUUACUGUUUACUGUAUUAUGUCAAGCUGUCGGCUGCAAUUUCUUUGCUGGCAAGCCGCAGGCACUGGUGAAGUGCUGAUAAAUACAUCAUAUUCUGUUGACCUGUGAA